CAAGGAUAAGAAAAGUACUUGGCGUACGUAGUGCAAGGAAAUAAAUAUCAUAGUGAUCAGGGUCCGGGAUCAAAUCAUUUUGCCGGCAGGAAGCGAGCACUCGCCCGUUCACGUACCAUGGAUUAGAAGACCUUGUCUAAGCACCAAGUCGCCGUUCUCUCUCUUCGAACUCUUCACCAAUUCCUCUUCUCCAGCAAUAUGGACGAAAACUUGAGCCGGGGAUACGUCCAGCUGGGCAAAGCCAGGGGCAUGAAUGAGUUCAAAUUCUCAAAUGGAUUCACGCAUCUCUCACCACCAGUUGACAAAUGCAACUUCAUUUACAUGGCUCUGAUUCUCGGCGGUAUAGGUUUUCUUCUGCCUUAUAACAGCUUCAUUAUAGCGGUGGAUUAUUUUCAAGCUAGAUAUCCGGGAACUACUGUGAUUUUCGACAUGUCUGUUGUUUACAUCAUUAUGGCUUUCUUCGCAGUUUUUGCCAACAAUAUUCUAGUUGAGACCUUAUCGCUGAAUACACGAAUUACAUUUGGAUAUUUAGUGUCCUUCGUUACUCUGAACUUUGUGGUGAUCUGUGAAAUUUGGUGGGAACUUUUCGGCGUUGCAACUUCCUAUACGAUUAAUUUAGUUGCCGUCGCUAUAGUGUCGCUCGGUUGUACAGUUCAGCAAUCAAGUUUUUAUGGGUAUACAUCAAUGCUUCCUAGUCGAUAUACGCAAGCUGUGAUGACUGGAGAAAGUUUUGCUGGUUUUUGGGUGUCAAUCAAUCGAAUAAUAACAAAGUCUCUACUCAAUGAUGAACGUGGCAAUACAUCCAUGUUUUUUAUUUUAUCGAAUAUGACGAUCUUGUUAUGUUUUGUGCUACAUCAAGUAGUACGAAAAACCGAUUUUGUGCAAUUUUACAUAACGCUAUGUCAGGAAAGAAAUCGAAUUACGUUAGAACCAACGGAGGAUGUCGGUCUGAUGGAUCCGUUAGAUCAAGUCGGCGAUCCCUCAAAAGGUCAGUAUGGAGUAUUGAAGAUUCAAACGAGUCCAUUGGGAACAGAAUCUGCAAGUGGAAGUGCUGAUUUGAAUGCAGCUGGACAAUAUUCUGCAUUUUCGUUCAGCAAUCCGGUGUAUGAACCUAGUGCUCCUUCGGGUAAUCCACCUGGUAGUGCUGGACCAACUUACAAGGUUGAAGAUGUCGUAGUUAUGAGAGGAGCUUACGGAACACAAAGCACGAGUACGCCAUGGUCUGGCAUAAAAAGAGGUUUGCUUGCGAGACUCGAAGUUGCCAAACUCAUCUUUCCGUAUAUGGUCAGCAUUGGUGCUGCUUACUUUAUAACGCUCUGCCUUUAUCCAGGAAUCGUAUCAGAAAUAAUCUCUUGUAAAUUCGAGUCAUGGAUGCCAGUUAUUUUGAUGACUGCUUUUAAUGCCUCUGAUUUACUCGGCAAGGUAUUUGCUCUGAUACCUUAUGAGUGGAAACGAACUCAGCUGCUUUAUUUCUCUAGCGCACGGAUCAUACUUAUUCCUCUAUUUUUUCUUUGCGCAAUUCCGCGUGGUGCUCCUAUUCUCUCUGGUGAGGGAUAUCCGCUCCUAUUCUCUUGGUUACUUGGUCUUACAAAUGGUAUAGUUGGUUCCAUACCUAUGAUUCAGGCACCUAGUAAAGUACCGGAAGAACAUCGAGAACUUGCAGGUAAUAUUAUGACCUUAUCAUACACUACUGGUUUGACUAUUGGAUCUCUAUUGGCAUACAUGAUGGAUGCAUGUCUUGGACCACCUGUACAAAUCAAAGACGUAUGUUUGAAAACGGCAAAAGUUCAAACUUCGACAACUGUAUUUUCUAAUGUAACGGCGAGUAUUCUAACGACCGCAGUAUCUUCCACUUUUCCUAUCGUUGAAAAAACAACAGCAAUAUCAAAGCCGAAGACUACCGAUGUAUUAACCACAAUUCUAAUGUCAACAUUAUUGUCGAAUAGCACCGUGAGCGACAGAGGAUUGUCGGAUGCGUCAACGACGGCCUUACCAAAGAUCUUAGCUAAUGUUACCUCGGCGAGCAACGCGAUCUUGCAACAUUAGGACGCAUAUAUUUGUGUGCUGUGUUAAAUCUGGUGCUUUCACAUAAAUAUAUAGGAGAGAGAGUGAGAGAGAGAGAGAGAGAGAGAGAGAGAGAGAAUGUGUGUGUGUGUGUGUGUGUAUCUCAAAGCACGAGAUGUAGAAAAAGCAUUUCUAAAUGUUUGGCGCGAUCAAAAAGUUCUAUGAAAAAGAUAUGUUUUGAUAGAAAUAAGUACUAACAAUACAAAUAUGAAAAUAUAUAAAAUAACU